AUAAUCGAAAGAACUUAUUUUGACAGCCAGAAUUUUUUGUUGGGUCUGCCUAGUACUACAUUUAUUUUAUCAAACUUCUUGAAAAAAAUAAAAAGAUGCCAAAAUGCAUUUGAAAAUAUAAAUAUAAGCAAUCUACAUUUUAUAAAUUUUGAUAAAAUUAAUAUUUAUUCAAAAGUAUAAUUAUUUUUAACAAUUUUAGUAAUUUAGCACUUUAAUUAGUAUUUUUAAAACCGAACCAAAAAGUAAACCAAAUAAUUUUUGGGUCACGGUUCAUGGUUCGACCGGAUCAAACGUGGUUCAAUAAUAUAGUUUAAUUUAUUUUUAGUGUAUAAAUUUAAAAGUAAUGUUUGUAAAUAUGACAUACAAUUAAAAUAUAAAUGAAUUUAAAACAUAAACAUUAUAAAUAUAAACUAGUUUUAUAUUUAUAUGGAUGGUUUAUAGAUUUUUGAUUGUUUAUCGAGUUUUAUCAAUUUAAUAACUUUGAGAUCCAAUUCAGCUACGUAACUGGUUCAUGGUCGAACCAAUUAUUAGAUCCAAUCCAGCUAUGUAACCGGUUCAUGAUCGAAUCCGGUUCAACAAACCCGGUUUUAGAAACACCGACUUUAACUUUAACUAGGUUGCUAUCCAAAAACAUUUCUCUGGGUUUGCAAUUAAAACUACGCCACACAAGGCCCAUUAUGGAAGUCCAUUAAUAACUAGUGUUUACGCUAGGGUUUCUAGGAGGGACGCUACUAUAAAUAAACACAGUUGCUCCAAUACCUCAAUAGCUUGCGCAGAGGGCAACAACAAGAAGAGAGGCAGCUUCGUCGAGAUGGGUCGUGUUAUUAGGGCUCAACGUAAGGGUGCCGCUGGUUCCGUCUUCAAGUCCCACACCCACCACCGCAAGGGUCCGGCUAAGUUCCGUAGCCUCGACUACGGUGAGAGAAAUGGGUAUCUCAAGGGUGUUGUGACUGAGAUCAUCCACGACCCAGGACGUGGUGCUCCGUUAGCUCGCGUCGAUUUCAGACAUCCUUUCCGUUACAAGAAGCAGAAGGAGCUGUUCGUUGCUGCGGAAGGUAUGUACACGGGACAGUUCCUCUACUGUGGUAAGAAGGCGACUCUCGUUGUAGGUAACGUGCUUCCCCUUAGAUCGAUUCCCGAGGGAGCUGUUGUCUGCAACGUUGAGCUUCAUGUUGGUGACCGUGGAGCACUCGCUAGAGCUUCCGGUGAUUAUGCCAUCGUGAUUUCUCACAAUCCUGACAACGACACCACUAGGAUUAAACUUCCUUCUGGGGCGAAGAAGAUUGUGCAAAGUGGAUGCAGAGCGAUGAUUGGGCAAGUUGCUGGUGGAGGCAGAACAGAGAAGCCACUUCUCAAGGCAGGUAGGGCAUACCACAAGUACCGAGUGAAGAGAAACUGCUGGCCUAUAGUUCGUGGUGUGGCUAUGAACCCAGUGGAGCAUCCUCACGGAGGAGGAAACCACCAGCACAUUGGUCAUGCUAGUACGGUCAGACGUGAUGCACCACCAGGGAAGAAGGUUGGUCAAAUUGCUGCGAGAAGAACAGGUCGUCGCAGAGGUGCUGCUGCCGUUGAAUCAGCCAAGGCAGAUUAGACUUAAUUGUGGCACAAGCUUCUCUGUUUUCUUUGGAUUUUUUGCUGAUUUUAUUAUUAAACUUUAAGAGUUUGCCGUUUUUCGUUUAUUUUAAUUUUUGUUGGUGUUUAAAAGCUUAUGCUUUUUGUAUUGGAUUAACCCUUAGGGGAUACAUUUAUGAUUUAUAUACUAUUUUAUUUUGGCAGACCAA